AUGCCCUCGCCGUUGCCUCAUCUCAUCGUGCGCCGCACAGCGGCAAGACAGACUCCUCUCACACCAACGCGAAACAUAGCCGCCAUUCGAUCAGCCUUGCUCCGCGGCGACAGAGUCGUCACUCUUCACAACACCAGCAGAAUCCUUCGGGAGCACGCCAGGAACAUCAGAGUCCCCUACCAUCCCAGGCACAUGCAGCAUGACCAACUAUUCGAAUGGCCCUUUGGCGACCAGUAUCAAGAUUCUCGUAGCAGUCACUCAGCUCAGCCACAACAAGUCGGCGAAUUCAUUGAGCUCCUUGAAUGGGAUGGCUUCAGGCUCGAAUGGAUCAGAGUGCUCGGCCAAGGCGGCUUCGGAAUGGCUACGCUGUGGCACGUCAUCUUUGAAGACCAGAGCAGCAUCAAGGUUGUCAUCAAGAUACCCGUCCGUGCAAACGCUGACUUUGAUAGCGAGCUGGACUGGCAUCUGAGAUACGGGGGGGCUUCUCACGUUACUCAGGCUCUGGACAUUCAGGCAAUGGCUGACAGCGUUAGGCGCAGGAUCAACAGGGGGCAUAUGAUAAAUCGAGGGGCGCGAUUUGUGCAGACUAACAUGGAUGUGCUUGUGCUGGAGUAUGCAGAGCGCGGGAGCCUUUACGAUAUGAUGGCUAAGACGUCGUACUUUGGGAUUAGAUUCUCGGACAAGGUGCUGUGGGAGAUUUGGGAGUGCUUGGUGAAAGGUGUUGUAUCGACGGCAUUUCAGCCAGAUGCAGCACGGCGAUGGGGUCCUGAUGGUCUCGAUAAAGUAUUGGACUCGCUGGACGAUGUUCGAAAUAUGAAUGAGCUCCUUAGGAUCUGCACGUUAAUCGACAGCCACGACGUGCAUUUCGAUCUGGAAGAGCAAAACAUUCUCAUUUCUGAAGAUGCUCAGCACUCUCACCAUCCGAUUUUCAAGCUUCACGAUUUUGGCGACUUCAGCCAUAGAAUGCAGGAGUGUUGGCAGCAUUGGGAAGAGGGCGAUUACUGGAAAGUGAGGAGAUGUCCCAAGUCCAACCGCAUUCCCCCGGAAACGAUUUCAAAAGAAUGGGACAAAAUCGAUCUGAGUAAUCCGGGCCCAGUAUCGAGAUUCACCGGCGAAGUCUUUGAUGCUCAGCAUAAUGAAGUUGCCGGACGAUAUGGUACUUGGACAAACAUCUUUACUAUUGCUAAAAUUAUGGAGGCCGUCAUCACAAGGAAUUGGGUAGGCCACCCGAUGACCACGAUGAGUUACACGGCUCAGGACCGAAGAUGCACAGGCAACUCAUACGGCUGGCGCAUAUGCAGACAGUCCCACGCCUACAUCGAAGCAGAGCUCCUCGAUCUCAUUAUGCAGUGUCAGUUCGAGAAACCAGCGAACCGCCCCAAGCUGUCCUAUCUACUAAGAAAGAUUUGCGAUCGCAAGCAUCGUGGUUUCCAGGAAUUGGAUCAUGAGACGCGCGGCUUCUGGGACAGCUUUUGGGCACUUACAAAGACGACCCCGGUUCCUCUCUCACAGGGUCCGAUAGUUGAGAUUCCAGGCCCAGGUAAUAAUGAUUUACUCGCUGCUCAGGCGACGAACCACAAUAUGCCGCCGUCAUCUUAUACACAGACUGUGGCCGCUCUGCGACCGAAAAGCCACCGAUCACCACUAAGUGACUCUUCGACGUAUUCAGCUCCAUAUCCUCGCCCACAGACUGCCUUUGGUCACCGCUCACAGGCAGAGGGAACUUGUCCAGCAGUGGCCGCUCUACGACGCAAAAGCCACCGUUCACCACUCAGCGACUCUUCGACGGAUUCGCCUACAGGUCUUCACCCACAACCGGCUCUUACUCACGCCACACGGGCAGCGAGAACUAAUCCAGCAGUCAUGACGCGGGUGCCCUCUCUACGACGCAAAAGCCAUCGAUCGCCGCUCAGCAUGUCCUCCACGGGCUCAUCUAUACUUUUCAGCCACCAAAGACCAUCUAUGUUUGGCCAAACGGGAGCUGGCCCAGCAGCUAAUCCCCCGCUUUCUGCUUUAGGGACGCCUGUAAGAGAAACUAAUCAGCAGAGACGCAGCUCGAAGAGUACGAGCAGUGAUCGGCGGGACGCGAAGAAGCAGAAACGAGUCCAGUUUGGCAGAUCAGCUCAAACUACUAUGACGUCUGGAGGUAAUGCCAUGGAUAUCUCUAUGGGAGAUGACCCAGAAAGCGUGAGCGUGGCAAGUAUGAUGGAUUUGGAUGGGGAUGAGGGUGAAGGUGAAGCUAUGGAUGAGGAUGAAGAGGAUGAGCUUAUGGGUGAGGAUUCCUGGUGA